AUGCAUCGGGACCCUGAGGAGGAGGACCGCCUUUAUGAGGUGUACAGGACGGAGGUGAGGGCCCUUUGCACAGCCAUCAGAGAGGCGAAGGAAGCCGCUUGGAAUGAUCUGCUCGCCUCGUUUGAUCGCGAUCCGUGGGGACGGCCCUACAGGCUAGCGCGCAAUGCGCUUCGCCCAUGGGCUCCCCCUACGACCAGCACACUGCCGCCCGAGACAUUGCACCGGGUGGUCGGGGGUCUAUUUCCGGACUCAUCCCGAACGGCCUUCAUCCCCCCUGUAAUGGCAACGGCGCAGGUCGCUGACGGCGGAGAGCUGGAAGGUGUGUCCCAGGCGGAAUUUGAGGCGGCAGUGGCGAGGAUGCGCGUGAAACGUACAGCACCAGGCCCCGACGGCCUGUCGAGUCGAGCAUGGGCUCUCGCUUUAACUGAGGAUGGUUUGGGACCUGCACUUCGAAGGCUGUUUAGCAGGUGCCUCCGCGAGGGCAGGAUCCCGGAGCCGUGGCGCACGGGCCGGCUGGUGCUUAUCCCGAAGGACGGUCACCCUAGAGACGAGCCCUCCGGGUAUCGCCCGAUAGUGGUGUUGGACGAGGCCGGUAAGCUCCUUGAGCGUGUGGUUGCCGGGCGUCUUGUUCAGCACCUGGAGAACAUUGGGCCGGAUCUCGCGUCCAACCAAUAUGGCUUCCGGAGAGCGCUGGUUCCGAGGCUCAUGGGGGCGGCAGGUGCGCUGACCCGUCUUCUUCCCAACGUCGGAGGAUGCAGCGCCGGUACUCGGCGACUGUACCUUGGGGUGGUGCACAGUAUGGCCCUGUACGGUGCUCCCAUGUGGUCGCCCGCACUCUCCGCGAGAAACGCGGCUCUGCUGCAUAGAGCUCAGCGGGCGCUCGCGGUGAGGGUCCUCAGGGGGUACCGCACCAUCUCUCAAGAUGUGGCCUGCGCCCUCGCUGGAUCCGUACCCUGGGACCUUGAGGCCGAAAUCUUGGCUGCGGUAUAUCGGCGUAAUGCGCAGGCCUUGAGUCGGGGACGGUCGCCCGGCCCGUCAGCUGUCGGUCGGUGGAAGCGUGUUGCGCGUCAUGUAGCAUACGCUAAGUGGAGAGAGCGAUUGCUGAAAGAACUUGGCCAAACUUCAGCCACCCGCCGGCGCACCCUCGAGGCCCUGGUGCCCGUGCUGGAGGCAUGGUUUGGAACAUUGGUUGUUGAACGACAAGAGGUUUUAGUCCGAUAUUCCCCGCCCGCCAUCCCCAGUGCAGGGCGGAAGGCCGGCGAUUUCCUCAUGAAAAAGAAAGUGCAAAUAUCAUAG